AUGGGAAAUAGUGCCUCGAUAGCUGAAGGCCUGGCAGCAAUUCCUGCCAAGGAGACCUAUGUGUGGUACAGAAAUUUUAUGAUGAAAUAUUCCUCUGGCCUGCAAACUCUACAUGAAUUUAAGACACUCUUGGGUCUGCAAAGUCUAAACCAAAAGGCCAAUCAACAUGUUGAUCGAAUCUAUAAUACCUUUGACAUGAACAAAGAUGGGUUUAUUGACUUUUUAGGGUUUACUGCUGCUGUAAAUCUAGUUGUAUGAGGGAAAAUGGAGCUAAAAUUAAAGUGGUGUUUUAAGCUGUAUUUUGAUGCUGAUGGAAAUGGUUCUAUUGACAAAAAGGAACUGCUGAACAUCUUCAUGAUGAGCAAAACUGUACAAGCCCUUAAUGGUCAGCAAACGAGUCUUGAAGAAUUUGCCAACUUGGUGUUUCAUAAGAUUGAUAUAAACCAUGAUGGAGAAUUGACUUUGGAAUAAUUUAUCAGUGGUACAGAAAAAGAUUAGGAUCUUCUGGAGGUUGUUUCUGAGAGCAUCGACUUCUCCAGGAAAGUUAUCUGUGAUGGGAAGAAGGCAGACAUGGGAGGAGGUUUCCUUCAAACCAUGUAA